UGUGUGUGUGUGUGUGUGUGUGUGUCACUCUAUUUCUGACUGUAUUGCUGCAUGCCCCACUCAGUCUGUCUUGCCUGGGCGUGCUGUGUGACUCAGUGGUGGUGUUUGUGGGACAGCGGGACUCUCACUUGGCUCUCACCUGGAUUUACCAUUAGCCAUCUGGAUCUUUUAGCCACUUCUUUGCCAUUUUCGAAAGAUCAAGGAGGAGAAACAGCCCGUGGCCACGGCCGUCGCUCCACCACCGGCUCUGUCUGCGGUGCCGGGCGGCUUCCUCAAACAGCUGGUCAGAGAUUCCGAGAAGGAGACCAAACACAAAGAGCCAGAGGUCAAAGAGGAAAAACCUCCAAACAAACUGAGCGACAACCUGGUGCAACAGUUCCUCCUCCCAGAUCAGACUCCUCCGAUCCUCGAGGCCGAGAUGGCCCUCCGGGCGGAGCAGCUCCUCAGCAGCAGCAGCAGCAGGCAGGGAUGCGGCGCGACCCAGUCGAGCGGCAAGUCCCCGACUCAGAGGUUCAUCUUCACCCCGGAAGCCGACGGCAAACAUCAAACCAAGCGCGAGGUGACGCCGGAGCCGCCGGUGGUGCAGCAGCAGCAGCAACAAGACGCGAGGUCGGAGAAGGCGAGCGGGAGGACGCCGCGGGCCGAGCCGGAGGAGGACAGGGUGGGCGGGGUGAAGCAGGCGGAGCUGGAGGACGGGAUGGAGGAGAGGCUGGAGCCAGAGGGAAGGCAAGCAGACACAGCUGUGACAGAGCAUAAUAGAGAGGUGAGGGACGUGUGGUACGAAGCUGGAACUGUGUGGUAUGUCCAAAAGGAUGGUUUCAACCUCGCGACUCAGCUGAAGCCAGAUGAAGGCACACCAGAACUACCAGAGGGCCGAGUGAGGGUCCGCCUGCAGACAGAUGGCUCGCUGCAUGACGCGACGGAGUAUGAAAUCGAGAAGUGUAACCCGUCAGAGCUGGAUCUGUGUGAGGAUCUGAGCGACCUGCAGAGCGUGAACGAGUGUGGCGUGCUCCACACACUGACCAGUCGGGCUAAAGCCAACAUGCCGCUCACGCACGCAGGACCCAACCUGGUCAACUUCUGGCCUCCAUUGCAGGCCCACAGCAAGACCCCAAAGUCUCGGCGAGGGGAGUCACUGUGGGACGCCCCCCCUGCUCUGGCGGCCCUGGUCAAAAGAGUGUACGUGUCCAUGGUGGGCACCCGGAGGGACCACAGCGUGUGCGCAGUGGGACGCAGCGGGACCGGCAAGACCACCGCAUGUCAAACCUUCACGCACGCUCUCCUCAAACAAGCCGGGACCACUGGAGAGAACAUCAGCGUGGAGCGUGUGCAGGCCAUGUUCACCGUCCUGAGGUCCUUCGGCUGUGUGAGCUCCCAGCACAGUGACGCGUCGUCUCGAUUCGCCACCAUCUUCUCGCUGGACUUUAACCACGCUGGACAGGCCGCCGCUGGACACCUGCAGACAAUGAUGCUGGACAAAUGGAAAGUGUGUCAGAAGAUCGCAGGAGAGAGCAACUUCCUGGUCUUCUCUCACAUGCUGGCAGGACUCAGCACAGAGAUGAGGACAGAACUGCAGCUGCACCAGCUCCCCGAAUCCAACUCUUUUGGUAUUGUAAAUCCCACCAAGGUUGAGGAGAAACAGCGUGCGUCAGUUGCCUUCACCAAGCUGCUGACUGCCAUGGAAACGCUGGGCUUCUCAGCCAGCGAGCAGAAGGCGAUAUGGCAUGUCCUGGCUGCUAUUUAUCAUCUCGGAGCUGCGGGGUGCUGCAAAGUGGGCAGGAGGCAGUUUGUGAACUUCGACAGUGCUCAGGCGGCCAGCAGCGUCCUGGGCUGUGAGGGGGAGGAGCUUCAGACGGCCGUGUUCAAACAUCACCUCCGGCAGCUGCUGCAGAGAGCCACCGGCGGCGGCAGAGAGAGAAGCGCCGCUGCCGAGCCCGACGAGGGUCCCCGGAUGACAGCGGCUCAGUGCGUCGAAGGAAUGGCCGCAGGGCUCUAUGAGGAACUCUUCACCGCCAUAGUCUCACUCAUCAACAGGGCUCUGAGCGCCAAGCAGCUGACGUUGGCGUCCGUGAUGGUGGUGGACACGCCGGGCAUGAGGAACCCGAGGCACGCCGCAGAGGAGAGAGGCGCCGGCUGGUCCGAGCUCUGCCACAACUACCUGCAGGAGAGGCUUCUGGAGCACCACCACACACACACCUUCCGACACACACUGGAGCGAUAUGCACAGGAGCAGAUCCCGGUGGAGUUGGAGUGUCCGGAGAGCAGCCCGGCUGAGGUGGUGUCGGCCAUCGACCAGGCGCCUCCGCAGGUCCGGGCGGCAGAUGGAGACCCCAGAGGUCUGUUGUGGGUUCUGGAUGAGGAGAUGGUGACACCAGAUUCCAGUGAGAGCAGCGCCCUGGGGAGAGUCUGCCAGUACUACGGCAACACGGUACGUCAGUGUGAGCAGCCGCUGCAGUGUGAGGUGAACCACCUGAUGGGCUGCGACCCGGUCCGCUACGACAUGACUGGAUGGUUCGGUCUGAUCCAGAACAACCCAUCUGCUCUCAACGCCAUCUGUGUGCUCCAAAACUCCUCCAUAGGCGUGGUGAAGGCCUUGUUCACCCCCAGGAUCACUCUCCCCCCUCUGUGUCGAGGUCUGGGGGGGUUGGAGGGCGGCAGCCAGCGCUCUCUGCAGAGGAACGGCACCAUCAGGAAGACGUUCAGUGGCGGGAUGGCGGCCGUACGCAGGCACUCGCAGUGUAUUGCAGUGAAACUACAGGCUGAUGCUCUGGUGAACCUGAUUCGCCGAGCCAGGCCGGUGUUCCUGCAGUGCGUGAGAGCAAAGACAGACGGUGGAAGUUUUGACAUCCCGGCUCUGAGGGUCCAGCUGCACUCCACACAGAUCCUGCAGGCGCUGCAGCUCUACCGCACAGGUUAUCCCGAGCACAUGACUCUGAGCGACUUCAGGUGUCACUUCCAGGCGCUGUCCCCUCCAAUCAUGAAACGUUACGCCUCAAUGUUUGUCAGCCACGAUGAGAGAAAGGCGGUGGAGGAGCUGCUGGUUGAGUUGGACCUGGUGAAGAAGAGCACUGUCAUCGGUGCCAGCAGGGUGUUUAUGAAGCGAGGCGUGCUGCGCUACCUGGAGCAGCAGAGGGACCAGCAGGUCACUGGCUGGUUGUUGUAUCUACAAGCGGCCUGCUUGGGUCACCUGGCCCGUCAGAAGUACCGCAGACUCAAGGUGCAGCAGAUGGCGGUCAGCUGCCUGCAGAGGAACCUGCGGGCUCUUAGGGUCGUGGCCAAGUGGAGCUGGUGGAAACUUUUCUGUCGAGUUCGUCCUCUUCUCGACGUCAACAUGGACAACGAGAGGCUCAGGACCAAAGAGGACGAGGUAUCAGCUCUGAGACGACGCCUGGAGAAAUCAGAGAAGGAGAGGAACGAGCUGAGGCAGACAGCAGACAUCCUGGAGACCAAGGUUACAGCUGUGACGUCUGAGCUAAGCGACGAGCGUUUCCGUGGCGAUGCGGUGGGACAGGCUCUGGAUGUGGAGAGGGCAGAAAGACUUCGACUCAGCCGGGAGAACAAAGAGCUACAGGCUCGCGUAGACCAGUGCAAAGUCGCCAUGGAAACGCUGGAGAAGCAGCUGGAGGAGGAGAAACAGAAAGCUCAAAUGGCCGAGAGUCAGAGAGCAGCGGCGACAGAAAGUGAGCUGGCCAUGCAGCUGGAGUGCUGCCAGACCGAGGUGGAAUUCGUCCGCAGACGACUGAAGCAGACAGAGGAAAAACUGGAGACGGAGAGACAGACGCGGCAACAGCUCGAUACCAAGGUGGCGACGCUGCAGGCCCAGCUGGAGCAGUCCAGGAGGAGCGUGACAGAACUGAAACGUCACUGUCGCCGCGUGACCUCUGACCUUCAAGACGCCCGAGUCCUCACUGACAGCCUGCAGAGUCGCAUGCACGAGCUGGACCGCAAACGGAGGAGGUUUGACAAUGAGUUGACUCAGGCUCUGGAGGAAGCUGACAGCGAGAGAGGGCUAAAGGACAAGGCCUUCCAGGAAAACUCAGCUCUCGGGGCUGAAAUAUACGCUCUGCGCCGCAACUUGCAGGAGAGCCAGACGGAGGUGGGUCGCCUGCAGAAGCAGAAGGAGGAGCUGUGCGCUCAGAUCCGUGACCUCAGCCUCCCCGUCGACCUGGCCUCGGAUUCACUCCCCGACCUCAAGAAACAGCUCCGACUCCUGGAGACCCAGGCCGGCGAGAGGGCGGAGGAGAUCGCCAGGCUCGCGGCCAGCGUGCAACAGCAGCAGCAGAUCCACUUGAGGUUCGAGAUGGAGGUGGAGAGAAUAAAGCAGAUCCACCAGAAAGAGUUGGAGGAUAAAGAGGAGGAGUUGGAGGACGUACACAAGUCCUCUCAGAGACGGCUGAGGCAGCUGGAGAUGCAGUUAGAGCAGGAGUACGAGGAGAAGCAGAUGGUGAUUCAUGAGAAGCACGACUUGGAAGGACUCAUCGCAACUCUGUGUGACCAGGUGGGACACAGGGACUUCGAUGUGGAGAAGAAGCUGAGAAGAGACCUGAAGAGGACUCACGCCCUGCUGGCCGAUACCCAGCUGCUCCUCGCCACGGUCGACAGCGCGGGUCAGAGCGUGCCCAACGGCAGCAAAGAGCAGAUCGAGCGCCUACACUGUCAGCUGGAAGAGAGCGAGGCGAGGCGUCUGGAGGCGGAGGGCCUUCAGACGACUCUCGCCCAGGAGCUGGAGAACACUCAGAUCGAACUGGAGAACAUCUGCAAGCAGAAGAGCGUGGUGGACGAGCAGUUGGCCCUGCUGCGGCACGAGAAGGUGGACCUGCUGAAGAGGCUCGAGGAGGACCAGGAGGACCUCAACGAACUCAUGAAGAAGCACAAAGCGCUCAUCGCACAGUCCUCCAGUGACAUCUCUCAGAUCAGAGAGCUACAAGCCGAACUGGAGGAGGUGAAGAAACAGAGACACUCUCUCCAGGAAGAGCUGCAGCAGUCAGUGUCCAGGGUGCAGUUCCUGGAGUCAUCCACUGUGGGGCGCAGCAUCGUCAGUAAACAGGAGGCCCGAGUGUGUGACCUGGAAAAUAAGCUGGAGUUUCAGAGAGGCCAGGUCAAGAGGUUUGAGGUGCUGGUGUUGCGUUUGAGGGACAGCGUGGUCCGUCUGGGAGAGGAGCUGGAGCAGAGCGCCGAGGCCGAAGCCCGGGAGAGGGAGAACGCCCGCUACUACCAGCAGCGCCUUCAGGACAUGAGGCAUGAGAUGGAGGAGCUGAGCCAGAGAGAGGAGAACAGCAGCCGCAGACGCAUGGAGCUGGAAAUGCAAGUGGAGGAGCUGAGCGCCGUCAGACAGGCGCUGCAGGCCGACCUGGAGACGUCCAUCCGCCGCAUCGUGGAUCUGCAGGCCGCCCUGGAGGAAGUGGAGUCGAGCGACGAGAGUGACACUGAAAGCGUUCAAACUGCUGUGGAGUCCCUCACGCGAAAGAAAGACCUUGACUCUGUGUCCAGUGUGGGCUCGGUGGGUAAUGAGGAGGUUGGAGAGGGGAUCCGUCGCUGGUUAGGAGUGCCGAGAGGGGGGUCCCGCGGCGGCGGCUCUCCCUACAGCAGCCGCCACUCUGUUGCUGACACCACGAGCACCUACAGCUUCCGCUCUUGCGAGGAUCCCGAAGACGAAGGCUCCGAGGCUGGAGGAGCUGGUGCCAGAGGUCCGGGCCGAGCCCCGUCCUCCUCCGCCCUGUCGGAACUGCUGGAUGGACUGAGAAAGCGCAGAGCCGGCGGCGAUGCAGGAGAUGGAACAGGCAGCACCAUCUCCCUGCCGAUUUAUCAAACGACUGGAGCCUCGGCUCUGAGACGGAGAGCUUCGGCCCUCUCUCUUGGUCCAGAUGACCUCCAGGAGCCCAGGCCUGGACCCGGCAUCCUCAAACCGCCGUCCCCUCUCCUGCCACGCGCCGCCAGCUCUCGCUCCAUCACCGACUCUCAGGCCUCCGUCGGCGCCUCUACGGCCGGAAACAAGCUCUCUCGCUUCAAUUCCAGUGAUGCCCUCUCUUCACCUCCCUCGCUGCCCCACCUCUCCUCUUUGGCCCCCCCACUCGCCGCUCGCCAUCACCCUCCCUCCCUGUCCAUCCCCGAGGAGGACCCGGAGGAGCCCCGCCGCCCCGUGACCACUUCCAUCCAGCGUUCCCCGCAGCCACUAAGGCGAUGCAUGCUGGGGAGUCUGGUCACAGAGGACGGGGGUGAAGGCUCACUGGGUUCGGAACCCAUGGUCUUCCGAAAUCGCCGUCUGACUGGGGACAACGGCCACGACGAUGCAGUGCUCGACAUCCUGCCGGCCAUUCGAAGAGCUCAGUCCACCAGCAGCCUCGCCGGCUCAAUCAGAGGAGGCAGGAGGGCGCUGAGCGUCCACUUUGGGGAGCUGCCUCCUUCGACCCGCAGCAGGAAAGGCUCCGAAACAGAUUCCUCCAGCUCCGGUGGGUCGGGAGGAAGUUCCCAGCGCGGCGGGUCGAGGCACAAGUUCGAAAGGCCGCAAGGGGAAAGGCUGGAGGCCGAGGGCAGCGAGGGCGGAGACGUGGCUUCAGUCAUGAAGAGAUACCUGAAGAAGGAGAUUGACUGAAGCGGAUGAGCACAGCCGUGAGCUUCACAGGCGGACGAAUGAAAUACCCGAGAAGUCAACAACGACGUUUCUUUCGACUCUCCACAUUAGCGUUCGAGCCACCUGAAAAACACAUUUGUUAAAUCUACAUGCACUCAAUCGCCUGUAUUUUCAGAUCAUCACUGUUUGUAUGCAAAUAAAAAAGAAAAACGGAAUAUAACUUUUUUGCGAAAUUA